AUGCCCUGUGGUAGGAGCCCUGUUGGCUAUAGCUGUGGUGGCCGAAGGACCAGCCCUGCAGCCCCCUGUUCAGCCCGAGCCCUGGAGCCUGGGAAUCAUCAGCACCUGUGCCAAAACCGCCUCCGCCACGGGAACAAGAAGUCGAACCGGGUCCAGGAUGGUGAGCGCGGCACCGGGGACGCGGGCGUAGUGGAUCGGCGGGGCGCGGCCCCGUCGUUCGCAAACACACACACACCCCUUCUAUCGGCCCCGCCCCCACAUCCGGGCACCCGGCCUCCUCUGGCUGCCCAUCCGUCGGAGGAGGAACCUGUGGGGUUCAGCCCAGACAUGCCCACCACCGCGGAGCCCUGCUCCAGCGAGAUGGACAGAGAACUGUCCCCAGUUGUGGUCACCGGGGCCACCGCCUCCAUGGGGGAGGAGUCAGGUCCUGACCGUGCAGCCACACCCCCAGUGUGGGGACUUGGAGGAUCUGGAGGGGAUAGCAGCCAACCUGCCCCCGGACCCAGCCCUGGCACAGCCCCUGGGAUCAGUGAGGACUUCCGGCUUCCGAGACGACGCCCGCCACCAGGGAAGCAGGUCCCCUGCUCCAGUCCUGGCUGCUUCCUCAGUUUCCCCAGCGUGCGGGACCUGGCACAACACCUUCGGACCCACUGUCCCCCCACACAGUCCCUGGAAGGCCGGCUCUUCCGCUGUUCGGCCCCGAGCUGCACCGAGACCUUCCCCAGCAUGCAUGAGUUGAUGGCGCACAGCAAGCUGCACUACAAGCCCAACCGCUACUUCAAGUGUGAGAACUGCCUCCUACGUUUCCGCACUCACCGCUCGCUCUUCAAGCAUCUGCACGUUUGCGCAGAGCAUGCGCAAAGCCCAGCCCCACCGCCACCCCCUGCACUGGACAAGGAGCCGCCGGCACCUGAGCGCCCCCCAGAGGCCGACCCCGUGUCUGGGCCAGGCCUGCAGCUUCCCAUGCUGGAGCCCUUCACAAACCCUGCCCCGACCCCCACUGGGCCCUUCCUGCCCUACUUGAACACAGCGCCCUUUGGUAUAAGCCCCCCACGCCUGCGCCCCUUCCUGGCCACCACGCCCGGGCCACCCGCUUCCAGCGCUGCCGUCUGGAAAAAGAGUCAAGGUACGGGCGGCAGCCCCCGGAGACCCCAGGGCAGCGCUGAAGCACCCUCAGGGCACGCGGCCACAAGCCGCAUCGUGUGGGAGCACACACGUGGCCGCUACUCGUGCAUGCAGUGCGCCUUCUCCACGGCCUCACGGCCCGCCAUGACGCUACACCUGGAGGACCACCGGCCCCACGGCCCUACGGCCCCGGUGGCCGGGCCGCCCUGCCCCGACGGUCGGGCGGACCCGGUCCCGCUUGUACCCAACGUGUUGCCGUCGCCACCGCCGCCGCCACCGCCGUCGGAGGGGGAGCGUCCGGUGUUCUUGCCGCUCUGA